AUGUCGGCGGCAAGGCUGCUCCACAGGGUUUCCGGUGUUCCGAGUCGAAUCAAGACACGCAGUGUAGCAACUCAAAUGGUGGAGGGAGAAGUGCUCGCCUCGGCCCGUGGGGUCGUCGGAACCAUCACUCUGAACCGACCGAAAGCGCUAAAUGCCCUGAACCUGAACAUGGUCCGCAAGAUGUACCCGCUGCUUCAGGAAUGGAACUGCGCCGGCGAUAUCCAGCUAAUUUUGAUCAAGGGCGCCGGAGAGAAGGCUUUUUGUGCCGGUGGUGAUGUGCUUGCCGUCUCUGCUUCUGCGCUGAAAGAACGUGCGGGUGAGGAGACGACGUUGCACAAGGAUUUCUUCAAGGAAGAAUAUCGCCUCAAUUUCUUGCUCGGAAAAAUGUCUACUCCCUACGUUGCUCUAAUGGACGGCAUCGUUAUGGGCGGGGGUUGCGGUCUCUCAAUCAACGGCCGUUAUCGGGUUGCCACGGAAAAGACGAUGCUGGCUAUGCCUGAAACAGCUCUCGGUCUGUUCCCGGAUGUUGGUGGCAGCUAUUUUCUCUCAAGGCUUUCUGAUAAUCUGGGCAUGUUCCUUGCGCUAACCGGCCACAGACUGACCGGUGCCGACGUAUUCCACAGCGGGUUAGCGAGUCACUACAUCCGGUCUGAGGAUUUGCCCAAACUAGAAGAAGAAUUUGCUGGAUUGAAAAAGAUUGACGACGCACUCGUUCGAGAUGUUCUUGCCUCGUAUUCGGCAGCCGAGGUGCCCGAGUUUGGCUUGAAAAAGGAUCUCGAGAAAAUUCGGCGUUGUUUUGCCGGGAGGUCUGUGGUCGACAUCAUCAAGCGUUUAAAAGACGAUGACAGUGAAUGGGCCAAGAAACAGCACGCAGUUAUCGGCAAAAUGAGCCCGACUUCUCUGAAGGUGACCGCUCAACAAUUAGACAUGGGAAGCCGGAUGUCUUUCGCAGAGAUAUUCCCGAUGGAAUACCGUCUAUCACAACGUCUCAUGGAGGAACACGAUUUCCACGAAGGCUGUCGUGCUAUUUUGAUCGACAAGGACCGUAAACCGAAAUGGAAGCCAGCAACCCUCGAGGAAGUUGAUGAUCAUACUGUUGACAGCUAUUUCCGCCGACUUCCCACACACAGAGAACUAGAACUUCACGACCACUAUGUGAAUUAU